GCAGCGCGCAGCUUUUCGCCGGGCGGGAUUUCCGCAAUAUCAAGUAUGGCGAAGACGUACGAUUAUUUGUUUAAGUUACUGCUAAUCGGAGACUCCGGUGUCGGGAAGACCUGCGUGCUGUUCAGGUUUUCAGAGGAUGCUUUUAACUCGACAUUCAUCUCCACCAUAGGCAUUGACUUUAAGAUUAGAACGAUAGAGCUAGACAACAAGAAGAUAAAGUUACAGAUAUGGGACACAGCAGGGCAGGAGCGAUUUCGAACAAUCACAACAGCAUACUACAGAGGCGCGAUGGGUAUCAUGCUAGUCUAUGACAUCACCAACGAGAAGUCCUUCGAAAACAUAAAGAACUGGAUACGGAAUAUAGAGGAGCAUGCAUCGGCUGAUGUUGAAAAGAUGGUCCUCGGUAACAAAUGUGACAUCAAUGACAAACGGCAGGUGUCCAAAGACCGGGGAGAAAAGCUGGCGUUGGAGUACGGUAUUAAGUUCAUGGAGACUAGUGCAAAGGCCAACAUCAACGUGGAAAACUCGUUUUUGACACUUGCCAGAGACAUCAAAUCAAAGAUGGACACAAAAUUGGAGGGCAGCAGUCCUCAGGGGAGCAGCCACAAGGUGAAGAUCUCUCAGCCCCAGAAGAAGAGCAGCUUCUUCCGCUGUGCCCUACUGUGAGGACCAGACCAUGGGUGUAUACCAAAUGGCCCACUAUUCCAUAUAUAGUGUGCUAUGUUUGACCAGGGCCCAUAGAACUCUAGUCAACAGUAGUGCACUAUGUAGGGAAUAGGGUGCCAUUUGGGGUGCAUACCAAAGGCCUUACCUACCCUCCGCCUGCCCUGGCUGGGAUAUGCUGGGGUGCUGGCUGGACACAACUGGACUGUGCUUGCUCUCAGCACCCCCCUCUCCUUCUACUCUAUUCCCUUCAGCCAGUCCCAAUUCACUCCCCGCCUCUUCCCCUCGGCCCUAACCCUUAGAUGUUUGUGUAUCUGAAGUGUUUGAAUAGAUAUAUGCAGUUGUUUACACCUUGCAUAUACAGUGAGCUCCAGAAGUAUUGGGACAGUGACACGUUUGGUUGUUUUGGCUCUGUACUCCAGCACUUUGGAUAUUUAGCAUCUUUUUUUUUUUUUUUUCACUUGUCAUUAUUCACGAUUCAUUCAGGAUUAUCCGUAACCAUGGUAGCAUCCACAUUAAUGUAGCUGUGUUAAGAAACAUUCUAUUAUUGUUUACAAUAAAAGUGACUGAAAAAUAGCACAAUAACAAACAGCAAAUGCAUCCAACAAAUUUAUAGAAUCACAAGCUUGACGUAGUCAUUGUGUGCUAUGACGAAAUACUGCACUUUUAAUUACGUUAAUACACAUAUAAGUGAAUUUGUCCCAAUACUUUAGUUCCCUUAACUUGGGGUGGGACUAUGUACAAAAAAGUGCUGUAAUUAUCCAAACGGUUCACCCGACAUUGAAAAUACCCUCAAAUUAAAGCUGACAGUCUGCACUGGAGUACCGAACCUAAACAACCAAAAAUGUGUCACUGUCCCGAUACUUUUGGAGCUCGCUGUUUGUGAACAUCGAAGACUUGGGGCCAAUGGUAAUUGGUAAGGAGAUAAUUAGGAUAUGUUGCCUCUCUUGCUCUCUCUCCCUCACUGUCCACCUCUCCCAACGUCACGCCCUGGGGUAGCUGGAGUACGGUAACCGCGACUCCAUCUACAAUGGCCCCGUGAGAACUGGUAAUGCUGCUGUCCUUUGUGCGGCACACCAACCUCCUGUUUUCUCUCACCACGGGUCGGACAGACACACCAACAUCCUGUUUUCUCUCACCACGGGUCGGACAGACUCACCAACAUCCUGUUUUCUCUCACCACGGGUCGGACAGACACACCAACCGGUGGAAACACCACUUGUUUUUUUUAAAGAAGGUUCAAAUGACAUGUCACACAGAAAAGAUGGGCUCUUCUUCCCGUUUCACACUAGUCUCUAUGUACAUACAUUCUUCACACGUAGCCACCUGGCUCCACACCUGCCAAAGUUGGAGCCCUGUUUACUUUUCAGUUUGAAUCGCUUGAAUGACCCAAAGGUUUGGGAUUGGGAACAUGAUGCGUGGAUGUUUAGAUACUAUUUGUAGGCCUCUCUUCCCCCUAGCCACAUUGUUAACAUGAGCCAGAGACUGAUAAGCUUAUUUUUUGAUGAAACAAGAGUUUUUAAAUGAAUAUAAUAUGACUUGAAGAUUCACAAUCCUUCAGAAAAGAUUGAUCGCUAAUUAAUUUAAUUACGCAGACUAAAAGAACAUUCAAUUUGAACAAUAUUCCGUUUUGUUUACAUUCCAAGAUAAUAAUUUGAUGCUAUUCUAUACAUGAGAGGCUUGCAACAGGCCUCUCUUCCUGGACAAAGUUAUUGUACUGAAUCCAAGUGUUUGACUUGUUUACUGCCAGUCCCAGAUGUUGUCUUGAGAACAAGCACACAGCCUCUUAACCAUAGUGCUGCAGCACCACCUGAAAAUAUUUAGACUUUUUAUAUAUAUACAUACAGUACCAGUCAAAAUUUUGGACACCUACUUAUUCAAGGGUUUUUCAUUUUUUGUGCUAUUUCUUUCUACAUUGUAGAAUAAUAGUGAAGACAUCAAAAUUCCAUGUGUUAUUUCAUAGUUAUGUAGUAACCAACAAAAUUGUUAAACAGACCAACAUAUAUUUUAGAUUCUUCAAAGUAGCAACCCUUUGCCUUGAUGACAGCUUUGCACACUGUUGGGAUUCUCUCAACCAGCUUCACCUGAAAUGCUUUUCCAACAGUCUUGAAGGAAAAGUACUAAGCACAUGUUGGUUGCUUUCUUUCACUUUGUGGUCAAAUCAAAUUUAUUUAUAUAGCCCUUCGUACAUCAGCUGAUAUCUCAAAGUGCUGUACAGAAACCCAGCCUAAAACCCCAAACAGCAAGCAAUGCAGGUGGUCCAACUCAUCCCAAACCAUCUCAGUUGGGUUGAGGUCGGGUGAUUGUGGAGGCUAGGUCAUCUGAUGCAGCACUCCAUCACUCUCCGUCUUGGUCAAAUAGCCCUUACACAGCCUGGAGGUGUGUUGGGUCAUUGUCCUGUUGAAAAACAAAUUAAAGUCCCACUAAGCCCAAUCCAGAUGGGAUGGCGUAUCUCUACAGAAUGCUGUGGUAGCCAUGCUGGAUAAGAGUGCCUUGAAUUGUAAAUAAAUCGCUGACGGUGUCACCAGCAAAUCACCAUCACACCACCUCCAUGCUUCACGGUGGGAACCACACAUGCAGAGAUCAUCCGCUCACCUACCCUGCAUCUCACAAAGACACGUGCAGUUGGAAUUUAAAAAUCUCACAUUUGGACUCAUCAGGCCAAAGGACAGAUUUCCACCAGUCUGAUGUCCAUUGCUUGUGUUUCUUGGCCCAAGCAAGUCUCUUCUUCUUAUUGGUGUCCUUUAAUAGUGGUUUCUUUGCAGAAAUUUGACCAUGAAGGCCUGAUUCUCGCAGUCUACUCUGAACAGUUGAUGUUGAGAUGUCUUUUAAUUGAACUCUGAAGCAUUUAUUUGGGCUGCAGUCUGGGGUGCAGUUAUUCUAAUGAACGUAUCCUCUGCAGCAGAGGGGAACUCAUUUCAUUUCCUGUAGCGGCCCUCAUGAGAGCCAGUUUCAUCGUAGCGCUUGAUGGUUUUUACGACUGCACUUGAAGAAACUUUUCCGACUUGACUGACCUUCAUGUCUUCAAGUAAUGAUAGACUGUCGUUUCUCUUUACUUAUUUGAGCUGUUCUUGCCAUAAUAAUGACUUUGCCCUAUUUGGUAAAAGACCAUCUUCUGUAUACCACCCCUACCAUGUCACAGCACAACUGAUUGGCGCAAAUGCAUGAAGAAGGAAAUUAUUUCCACAAAUUAACUUUUAAUAAGGCACACCUGUUAAUUGAAGCUGGUUGAGAGAAUGCCAAGAGUACAAAGCUGUCAUCAAGGCAAAGGGUGGCUACUUUGAAGAAUCUAAAAUACAUUCUGAUUUAACACUUUUUUUGGUUACUACAUGAUUCCAUAUGUGCUAUUUCAUAGUUUUGAUGACUUCACUAUUAUUCUACGAUGUAAAAAAACAAAUAAUAAGAUGAAAAACCCUGGAAUAAGUAGGUGUGUCCAAACUUUUGACUGGUUCUGUAUGUAUGUGUGUAUUCACAAGUGUACAGCACUGGGCCUUAAAUAGUCUUGUAUUAGCUUCCCACGGCUAUGCUCUUAACACAAGGCCUGAGGCUACUUUUUCUACUCUAGAACAUUCUUGUGUGAAAUCUGUUGAAAUGUGGCCCAAUGGAGCAGGGCUAUUUCAUUCUCACCCUGCGAGGUCCGGAGCCCGCUGGUUUUCCGUUCUACCUGAUAGUUAAUUGCAUCUACCUGGUGUCCCAGGUCUAAACCAGUCCCUGAUUUAGAGGUGACAAUGAGAAAAUGCAGUGGAACUGGCUUUGAGAUCCAGAGUUGAGUUUGAGGCCAAUAGAGCGUUAACACGUAGCCAACCUGAGCAUUGGUUCCUGGUAGUGGAGAGACGGACUGAUUAGUGUCUGAAAUGGCACUCCAUUCUCUAGUGCACUACUUUUGACCAGAGCCCUAUGGGUCCUGGUCAAAACGAGUGCACUGUAUAGAAAUUAGGGUGCCAUUUCGAAUGCAGCGAUAGUGUUUUUUUUUUUCUCUCUCUUCGGUCAAGUUACAGCAACAACAUCCAUUUAUAAGCUCAUGUUUAUGCCCAGCUAUAUGGCGUCUCUGGUAGUUAGCUGGUGAAACAUUCAGCUUUUUCACUCUAAACUGGAGUGGCUGUCUGCUAGUACAAACAUCCAUGUUACAAUGUGGACGGACAAACAGACAAACCCCUUCUGAUCCAAUGCAAUCCAUCCCUUUGCACUUUACCAGUAAACCUGUGUGUUGUGUGUAGUCUGUGCCAAGUGAUAGUUUUGCAAUAUAGAACAAGCAUAUUUUUGUCCAUUUUAAUUGAAUGACAUGAUCUGUUGGAUUUAUGGUAAUGGUUGGUACAUUUUAGAUUAGUGUUGUUUAUUACGCCUGUAUUACGCCUUUAUAAAUGGCUUCCUCUCCGUUGCUUCUUCUGAUAUGACUUGUGUUCUAUGGUUCAGGGCCUUUGGUCACAAAUGUCUCUGAAUAUUAAUACUGACCUAGGAAAAGGUUGUCUUAUUCGUUAUGAUUUAAAGACAAAACUGAUCCUAGAUCAGUAUCCUGCUCUGAGACGCUUUAAGAAUACAGGCCCUGGUAUAAGUUUUUAGUAAAAAAAGGGUUUUUAGUUGUAUGCUACUGCCCUGACAAAUUUGAGUAUAAUCUAAAUGUGAUGUUCUCUUGGCUUAUGGAGUCAAGCUAAAACUUCAUCAAGGUCUUGUGAGUCUUGGUUUCAUGUGGUCGUGUCUGUCUUUUUUUGGUCAGUACCGUGUUUGGCAGCUAGGUGUCAGCACAUCACCACCAGCUGUUUAUAACAUUGGAAUAAUGUGUUGAAAGAAAUGUCCAGAAUUAUGAAUAGAAAAAUCCAUUGAAAAGCAUUGUGAUAUUUUUUUAUGUGUUUUGGAAGUGCUGGGAAAAAAAUGGUGUGUAUAUGUGAUAGACACACCUAGCAUCGCUUGUGUCCUACGUUGAUACAGUGUUUAACCAUUGAGUCCUCUUACUCCCAACACUUCCCACCUAGCAUCGCUUGUGUCCUACGUUGAUACAGUGUUUAACCAUUGAGUCCUCUUACUCCCAACACUUCCCACCUAGCAUCGCUUGUGUCCUACGUUGAUACAGUGUUUAACCAUUGAGUCCUCUUACUCCCAACACUUCCCACCUAGCAUCGCUUGUGUCCUACGUUGAUACAGUGUUUAACCAUUGAGUCCUCUUACUCCCAACACUUCCCACCUAGCAUCGCUUGUGUCCUACGUUGAUACAGUGUUUAACCAUUGAGUCCUCUUACUCCCAACACUUCCCACCUAGCAUUGCUUGUGUCCUACGUUGAUACAGUGUUUAACCAUUGAGUCCUCUUACUCCCAACACUUCCCACCUAGCAUCGCUUGUGUCCUACGUUGAUACAGUGUUUAACCAUUGAGUCCUCUUACUCCCAACACUUCCCACCUAGCAUCGCUUGUGUCCUACGUUGAUACAGUGUUUAACCAUUGAGUCCUCUUACUCCCAACACUUCCCACCUAGCAUCGCUUGUGUCCUACGUUGAUACAGUGUUUAACCAUUGAGUCCUCUUACUCCCAACACUUCCCACCUAGCAUCGCUUGUGUCCUACGUUGAUACAGUGUUUAACCAUUGAGUCCUCUUACUCCCAACACUUCCCACCUAGCAUUGCUUGUGUCCUACGUUGAUACAGUGUUUAACCAUUGAGUCCUCUUACUCCCAACACUUCCCACCUAGCAUCGCUUGUGUCCUACGUUGAUACAGUGUUUAACCAUUGAGUCCUCUUACUCCCAACACUUCCCUCCUAGCAUCGCUUGUGUCCUACGUUGAUACAGUGUUUAACCAUUGAGUCCUCUUACUCCCAACACUUCCCACCUAGCAUCGCUUGUGUCUUACGUUGAUACAGUGUUUAACCAUUGAGUCCUCUUACUCCCAACACUUCCCACCUAGCAUCGCUUGUGUCCUACGUUGAUACAGUGUUUAACCAUUGAGUCCUCUUACUCCCAACACUUCCCACCUAGCAUCGCUUGUGUCCUACGUUGAUACAGUGUUUAACCAUUGAGUCCUCUUACUCCCAACACUUCCCAGUUUGUCCCUUCCUGUUCUAUUAAAUGUUUGUGUUUUGAAGAGUUAAAAAAUAGCCUGAGUUCCAGUCUGUUUGUGUUAUAAUACCAAACUCCUUGUCACUCAUCGUCAUGUUUAGCGUGACAAUGAAGUUGGCAGUGGCACAAACAGAUCUGGGACCAGGUUAAAACCAUGAAAAUACAUGCACAACAUUGACAGGAGGGCUCCUUUAAACUAGCCUUCCCCUUUUUCGAUAUCUACUGUACUGGGACCUACUGCUGCACCUGCCUCUCAACCACGUCUUAAUAAUAACUAAUACUCUUCCCGGGUUUGGACCUAGCCUGGUCCCAGAUCUGUUUGUGCUAGUUUUCCAUCCAAUUGGGGACAGAUUUCCAUGUGAAUAUUGUAAAAAAUCUGCAUAAAAACAAUACACGCAUUUUCCCACCUG